CUUCUUACUUAUAUUCUCCUGCUUUCACCUCCAGCUUUAUGUUCUGGGUCACCGGUCACGCCCAAAAUCCGUUCUAGGGUUUUCUUGUUUGUGGGGGAAGGAUAUCCAAUCCAGGGCUAGGAUUGGUCUAUUCGAGGAAGCACUAGAGUCUUAUUUCGAUCUGGAAAUAUGAGCGCCGUCAACCUUACAAACGUCGCCGUUCUGGACAACCCGGCCGCUUUCCUCAGCCCUUUUCAGUUCGAAAUCUCAUACGAGUGCUUGACUCCCCUCAAAGACGACUUGGAAUGGAAGCUCAUAUAUGUGGGAUCUGCUGAAGAUGAGACUUAUGACCAACUAUUGGAGAGUGUGCUUGUUGGUCCUGUCAAUGUUGGAAACUACCGUUUUGUCUUUCAGGCAGACCCUCCAGAUCCGUCAAAAAUACGCGAGGAAGAUAUCAUUGGUGUCACUGUACUGCUAUUGACAUGUUCAUAUCUGGGGCAGGAGUUUGUUAGAGUGGGGUACUAUGUGAACAAUGAUUAUGAUGAUGAACAGCUAAGGGAGGAACCUCCCUCUAAGGUGUUGGUUGAUAGGGUUCAGAGAAACAUUUUGGCUGACAAGCCUAGAGUCACAAAGUUCCCUAUUAAUUUUCAUCCCGAGAACAAUGAACAUGAGGAGCAGGCCCCUCAUUCACCUGAUCAUGGAACUGAAACAAAGCAGCCCCCUCCUUCGCCUGAUCGUGCAACUGAAGAAAACAUUAAGGGAGAAGAACGACCCCUAUCACCUGUAUCAUCUGUCCGUGUGCAGUAGUAAAAUUUGAAGUAGCUGUAUAACAACAAAUCGUCAUAUAUCUACUUUAGAUUUUGGCAUGGUGAUCAUUUCAGGUGGCAUAACUAUAUUAAAUUUCAAACACCCCCAUUUUUGAAAA